AAUAUCAAGGAGUACAUGAUGCUUUCCAAGUUCGUUUUCCUGAUGCUUGCAAUGGUUGUGGUCACCUGUCCAGCCAGUUUGAUAGACAGACCAGGAGAAUAUGGAACAUUGAAACAAGACUUUCCCCAAGUCCACGACAAAGUCCAGUAUGAUGACACAUGGUAUGACUGCUACGAGUUGACCCACAACCUCCCUCCUGGACCCCACUGUAGCUGUGCCUUCCUGGCAUGUACUGGUAUCGCCAACUGCUGGGGACUUCAGCCUUCUCACUGCUUCGUAUUCAACCCUUUCUACGACUUCAAGAGCAUGUCCGAGGAGGACUGUAUUUGCCAUUAUCAUUGAGGCUCCGCUAUAGUCGGUGGUUUGAUUGAAGCUAUAAUACUUAGCAUUUACAAACAGCGACCGACCCCAUUAUGAGAACACCCCCUUGUUUUCUUUAAGUUCAAAAUGUAAGAGCUUGGAACUUAUUUUCAGUGAUCAGAGAACGG